AUGUACGUGAGAGAUGCCAUAUAUCUAUCUAUCAUCUAUCUCAGUGUGUUUCAUAUCUAUUUCCAUCCAUCUAUCCAAUCUAUCUAUCUAUCUAUCUAUCUCAGUCUGUUCCUAUCUAUCUAUCUAUCCAUCCAUCCAUCUAUCCAUCUAUCCAUCUAUCCAGUGUGUUCACAUCAUCUAUCCAUCUAUCUAUCCAUCUAUCCAUCCAUCUAUCUAUCAGUCUGUUCCCAUCCAUCCAUCUAUCCAUCCAUCCAUCUAUCUAUCUAUCUCAGUCUGUUCCCAUCUAUCCAUCUAUCUAUCCAUCCAUCUAUCCAUCCAUCCAUCCAUCCCAGUCUGUUCCCAUCCAUCUAUCCAUCCAUCCAUUAUCUAUCCAUCCAUCCAUCAUCAGUCUGUUCCCAUUCAUCUAUCUAUCCAUCCAUCUAUCUAUCUAUCCAUCCAUUAUCCCAGUCUGUCCCCAUCCAUCCAUCUAUCCAUCCAUCUAUCUAUCCCAGUCUGUUCCUAUCUAUCCAUCUCAUCCAUCCAUCUAUCUAUCUCAGUCUGUUCACAUCCAUCCAUUCCAUCCAUCCAUCUAUCCAUCCAUCCAUCCAUCCAUCUAUCCCAGUCUGUUCAUCCAUCCAUCUAUCAUCCAAUCCAUCAUCCAUCCAUCUAUCUCAGUGUUCAUAUUCAUCUAUCCAUCUAUCCAUCCAUAUCCAUCUAUCUAUCUAUUUAUCUCAGUCUGAUCCUAUCCAUCUAUCUAUCCAUCAUCCAUCUAUCUAUCCAUCUAUCUAUCCAUCCAUCUAUCCCAGUCUGUUCAUCCAUCAUUAUCAUCUAUCUAUCCAUCCAUCCAUCUAUCCAUCAGUCUGUUUCCUAUCCAUCCAAUCCAUCCAUCUAUCUAUCCAUCCAUUUAUCUCCAGUGUGUUCACAUCUAUCCAUCUAUCCAUCCAUCCACAUCCAUCCAUCUAUCCAUCUAUCCAUCCAUCUAUCCCAGUCUGUUCAUAUCCAUCUAUCUAUCUAUCCAUCUAUCCAUCUAUCUAUUUUCAGUCAUAUCUCAGUGUGUUCAUAUCUAGAUCUAUCUAUCUAUCUAUCUAUCUAUCUAUCUAUCUCCAUCUAUCUCAGUCUGUUCAUAUUAUCUAUCUAUAUCUAUCUAUCUAUCUAUCUAUCUAUCUAUCUCAGUGUGUUAUAUCUAUUCAUCUAUCUAUUCAUCUAUCUAUCCAUCUAUCUAUCUAUCUAUCUAUCAUAUCUAUCUAUCUAUCCAUCUAUCUAUCUAUCUAUCUAUCUAUCUAUCUAUCUAAAUCUGUUUCCAUUUAUCUGUCUGUCUGUCUAUCUAUCUGUCUAUCUAUCACCGUCUGUUUAUAUCUAUCUAUCUAUUUAUCUAUCUCAGCGUGUUCCUAUCUAUCUAUCUAUCUAUCUAUCUAUCUAUGUUUCCAUUUAUCUAUCUGUCUGUCUGUCUGUCUGUCUAUCUAUCACCGUCUGUUUAUAUCUAUCUAUCUAUCUAUCUAUCUAUCUAUCAUCUAUCUAUCUCAGUGUGUUUAUUAUCUAUCUAUCUAUCUAUCUAAAUCUCUUUCCAUUUAUCUAUCUGCCUGUCUGACUAUCUAUCUAUCUAUCUAUCUAUCUAAAUCAUUUAUCUGUCUGUCUGUCUAUCUAUCACCGUCUGUUUAUAUCUAUCUAUCUAUCUAUCUAUCUAUCUAUCUAUCUAUCUAUCUAUCUCAGUGUGUUCCUAUCUAUCUAUCUAUCUAUCUAUCUAAAUCUCUUUCCAUUUAUCUAUCUGCCUGUCUGACUAUCUAUCUAUCUAUCUAUCUAAAUCUGUUUCCAUUUAUCUGUCUGUCUGUCUAUCUAUCACCGUCUGUUUAUAUCUAUCUAUCUAUCUAUCUAUCUAUCUAUCUAUCAUCUAUCUAUCUCCGCCUUUUUUCUUUUCUUUCUUUUAUCUAUCUAUUCAUCUAUCUAUCUAUCUAUCUAUCUAUCUAUCUAUCUAUCUAUCUAUUAGCCUUUUCUUUUUUGCUUUCUUUUCUAUCUAUCUUUCUAUCAUUUAUCAUAUCUAUCUCAGCCUUUUUCUUUUUGCUUUCUUUUUCUAUCUAUCUAUCUAUCUAUCUAUCUAUCUCAGACUUAUUUCAACUAUUUACAUGCGAACUAUUAUCCCAAUCUUUCGGUCCGAGAUAUUCUUUCUUGACCUUUCUCUCGUUCUCUCGGGGUCUCCGUUUCAGAUUUGAGCUGGGAGAGAGCGAUAGUAGGGAGGCUCACGAGGAAAGAACAAGUGAACAGUUCUCAGUCGAAAAAGAAAUUGCACAGCGGAUGCAAAAUGAUUCCUUUGCUAUUAAGAACCUAAUCUUAGACACCUUAAACCUGACGGAAGUGUCGGCGAGCGUCUUCUCUAUCUGCCUCUCUCCCGCUUUCUUAGACUCCGGCCAUAACCUUUCCUCCUUCAAGCUGUUUUCGAUAUUCCCGGCCACGACCACUUGA